AUGAUUAAAAUAGAUGUGGAGAUAGAGUUAUUGGAUAGAUCAUCAGUCGCCUAUAGCUCAAUUAGAGAUGAUGUUCGAUCAUUUAUUAUCGAUCCUUUUUUAAAGUUGAAUUUGAUUGAAUCUUUAAUUUCGAAUCCAACGAUUAUCAUAGAGUUCAGUGACGUCAUUGAUUUCAUAGCUAGCAAAAUUAUUGGAAGAUGUUCUAGUUUUAACAAUAACAACAACAAUAAUAAUAAUCUAUUUAACUUUGAAAGGAUCGAGAAAUUAAAGAACGAUAUCAAACUACUGAAGAUCUACGAUCACUUUGGAAGAUGUCAACAAGAUAAACUGGAUAACAACAACACUGGACACAGAGAUUUACUAUCGUUUGACAUACAUCCCUAUAAAUUGAAUAGAGAAGAUUCAGUCGAUGAAGAUAUCGAUAAUCCAGAGGAAUCAUCUCCCUAUCAACUCACAAUCCUACCAAACUAUCAAUAUUCAACACUCUGGGAGAAUUUAAUUUAUGAUGGAAAUAUCAAACCUAAACUAUUACAAUAUUUAUCAACGAUUUUAAAAUUUUCAACUUCAAAUAUUGAUCAAAAUAUUAUAUCUCAUAAUAAAAUUAUAUUAUUGAAUGGACCACCUGGAACUGGAAAGACAAGUCUUUGUAAGGCAUUGGCACAAAAGAUAUCGAUUGGUAGACAACACAACGAUGGAAAUGUAACACUCAUUGAGAUAAACUCGCAUAGUUUGUUUAGUAAGUGGUUCUCAGAGAGUGGAAAGUUGGUGAUGAAGGUAUUCGAGAAGAUCAAGGAGCUUGCCGAAGAUACAGAUUCUCUGGUGGUCGUUCUUAUUGAUGAGGUCGAGAGUCUGACUGCAGCUCGUAAAGCAGCAAUCUCUGGUGGCGAACCAUCCGAUUCCAUUCGUGUGGUCAACGCAUUCCUAACUCAACUCGAUCGUCUAAAAUAUCUGCCAAAUGUAUUGAUUCUAACUACUUCCAAUUUAGUUGGUGCAGUCGAUAUUGCAUUUAUAGAUAGAGUUGAUAUUAAACAAUUUAUUGGACCACCAACGAUACAGGCCAGAUGGGAUAUCAUCAAGUCGUGUCUGGUAGAGCUGGAGAGAAAGAAUCUAAUUGCCAAUGUCAAUCCAACCGAUGAGCAAGUUAAAUAUCAAAUUAGUUUGGUCAAGGAGAUUGCACAUUUAUCCGAUGGAUUCAGUGGUAGAUCACUUCGAAAGAUUCCUUUUAUUGCAUUUUCAAAUAACAAUACUGUGAGCCUACACUUCAUAGUAUCUAAAAAUUGCUCCCUACAUUACUUCCGUGUAAUGAAUUUAGAUUGUCAACAACAAAAAUAA